CGUCGACCCAGGAUCAUGCAAAUUAAAGUUACACUGCUGGACGACACUCUGUUUGAGUGUGAGCUGGAUAAACAUGCCAAAGGUGUGGAGCUGUUCACCAAGGUGUGUGACCACCUCAACCUGCUGGAGAGAGACUACUAUGGCCUGGCCAUCUGGGAGUCGCCUUCCAUGAAGACCUGGAUGGAUUUCACCAAGGAGAUCCGCAGACAGGUUCAAGGCACCAAUUAUGACUUCACCUUCAAUGUGAAGUUCUAUCCUCCUGACCCAGCCCAGCUUUCUGAAGACAUCACCAGGUACUACCUGUGUCUCCAGCUGCGUAAGGACAUCCUGGGGGGCCGUCUACCUUGCUCCUUUGUCACGCUGGCCCUUCUGGGUUCCUACGCACUGCAGUCAGAGCUGGGGGAGUACGACCCAGAGACACACGCACCAGACUACGCCAAGGACCUGAGGCUGGCCCCGGGACAAACCAAGGAGCUAGAGAAGAAAGUCAUGGAGCUGCAUAAGACAUACAGAUCGAUGAGUCCAGCACAGGCAGACAUGGCCUUUCUGGAGAAUGCCAAGAAACUAGCCAUGUACGGAGUGGACCUGCACCAGGCCAAGGAUCUAGAUGGAGUGGACAUCAUGCUGGGUGUGUGUUCUGGGGGUUUGAUGGUCUACAAGGACAAGCUGAGGAUCAACCGUUUCCCCUGGCCCAAAGUCCUCAAGGUCUCCUACAAACGCAGCAGCUUCUUCAUCAAGAUACGCCCCUCAGAGCUGGAGCAUUACGAAAGCGCCAUCGGUUUCAGACUGCCAAACUACAAGGCCUCCAAGAAGCUGUGGAAAGUGUGUGUGGAGCAUCACACCUUCUUCAGACUGACCUCGACUGAGGUGGCUACCACUCCCAGGAAGUUCCUAGCGCUGGGUUCUAAGUUCCGCUACAGUGGGCGGACCCAGGCCCAGACCCGCCAGGCCAGCUCUAUGAUUGACAGGCCAGCCCCCCUGUUCCAACGCUCGGCCAGCAAGAGGAACUCACGCAGCCUGGACGAAGGUUUGUUGAAUGGGACUGUGGGUGGGGUAGGGGUGUAUGUGGAGAGAGAGAGCGAGAGAGAGUCUGACUUGUCCCUUAGCAGCCGCACACAAUCUGGAGCUAACAAACUUGAGGGUCAAACUAUUUAUAUCAGGCAUAGCAAUUUAAUGUUGGAGGAUCUGGAUAAGACCCAUACAGAGAUCAUGCGUCACCACACCAGUAUCAGUGAGCUGAAGAGAAGCUUCAUGGAGUCUGUUCCGGAGCCGCGGCAGAGCGAGUGGGACAAACGCCUGUCCACCCACUCACCCUUCCGCACGGCCAGCAUCAACGGACAGCUGCAGUCAGGCACUGACGGGUCUAACGUGGUGAAAACACAGACAAUCACCAUCUCAGACGUGUCUAACUCCCUACGAGGAGACAUCUAUAACAAGGAGGUCCCCAUCGUGCACACUGAGACCAAGACCAUUACCUACGAGUCAGCGCAGCCCGUAGACAGCAUGGCAGAGAGGGACUCUGGAGUGCUGCUGAGUGCCCAGACCAUCACCUCGGAGACAGUCAGUACAACCACCACCACUCAGAUCACCAAGACGGUGAAAGGAGGGAUCUCAGAGACUCGCAUUGAGAAGAGGAUUGUUAUAACUGGAGACACAGAGAUUGAUCACGACAAGGCUCUGGCCCAGGCCAUCAAGGAGGCGAAGGAGCAGCACCCGGACAUGUCUGUGACCAAAGUGGUGGUGCACCAGGAAACAGAGAUCACCCCAGAUUAA